AUGUUUCCUGAUUCAGUAGCUGUAGUUAAUUGGGAUAUUUUUUCUGAUCAUUGUUUCUGUAUCAUUAUGACUUCGAUUGAGGUGAAUUCUGGUGUUAAGCCGUUUAGAUACUUUAACAUGUGGGCUGAUCAUGAAGGAUUUAAAGCUACUGUUUUGCAGAGUUGGACCAAACCAGUAGAGGCUCAAGGGCUUGGCAGAAUUAUGGUGAAGCUGAGGAGAUUAAGGCCUGUUCUGAGACAUUUUAAUAAGCAUGUGAUUGGUAAUAUUGACCAUAAGUUUCAGGUUGCGAAAGACAGAUAUAAUCUUGCUCAGUUACAGCUUCAGCAGGAUUUACAAUCUACUGUGUUCCAAGUUGAGGAACAGAAUGCCUUGAGUAACCUGGUUCAAACUUCUCGGCUCUAUGACAGCUUUCUUAGACAGAGGAGUAAAGUAAAUUGGCUAAGAUUGGGGGAUGAUAAUACUUCUUUUUUUCAUGCUUAUUUGAAAAAGUGUAAGGAGGUUAAUCGUAUCACUUCAUUUGUCAUUGAAAAUGGUCAGAUUAUUGAUAAAUAUGAGGAAGUUGUGGAUCAUUUCUUAAGUCAUUUUCGAAGUGUGUUGGGCAGUCAGAGUAAGGCUUCUGGGGCUAUUCACAAGGAGUGUUUCAGACAUGGCAAUAUUCUUUCUUUAGAGCAGCAGCUGGACUUAAUAAGGCCUUUUACUAAGUAG